AUGAGGGGCGAGGUUGGCCGGAGGUCAUAUUCCAGCAUCGAGGCUUGUCAGCAGCGAAAGUGCAAGCCAACUGGUGGUCUUCAACUCCGGGCCAUAGGACGUCCCAAAUGGCAAGAUGUCGCCAUCCCAGAGCACCCCAAGAUCGAACGAACUGCGAAUAAUUCAAUACGCAGAGAGACUACCAGAGAUGAUCGAUGGCCUUCCGGAUCGUACUGGGCCCAUGUCAUUAUCGAGAGAAGGCCUUCAAACUAG